CGGCAAAUACCUGUCAAUUAACAAACCGUCGAAACACUAGAUACAUUAAGCAUCAUCAAUGCGCUUCAAACGAAGAAACCUCAACCUGCUCAACCUGCUCAAAUUACAGGUCGGAUGCAUUGACAGAGUAAAAUAAAAAUCAAGAGGAGGGGCUCGGGUAUCUGUGUUCACCCUUUCUUUUCUUUAGAUUUGUGUCGUUUACGAUUGAUUCCCAUGUUCAUACUGCAGGAGCGAUCAGCGCUGCAGGACAGGAUGGUCGAGAGUUUUACAGCGCCCAAGGUGGGGAUUUGUAUAAAUAAACUUUUUGUUACCAGUGCCCAGCUGGAGGCAUGGUGCCAAGCUGUAAAACAUCAAUUCUUCAUAGUAACCACAUGUUGCUAGCAAGUUACUUCACUGGUUCCAUCUUUCUCGUAGCAUCAAAGAGGAGCAUAGAAAUGGAGGCCACUUUGAUCUCCAAAUUCUCCACUGUCACGCACUUCGAGCUUCCGCAGCUUCCCAACAACAUCCCAUUCGCCUACCACCCGCAAUCCGCGACGAUCAGUCCCCAGAUCGACGAGUGGAUGCUUCGCAAGAUGAAGAUCACCGAUCGGAGUGUGAGGAAGAAGAUGAUCCACUCCAAGAUCGGUUUGUACGCCUGUAUGAUGCAUCCCAAUGCCGAGAGGGAGAAGCUCGUCCUGGCCGGUAAAAAUCUCUGGGCCCUCCUACUCAUCGACGAUUUGCUCGAAUCCAGUAGUAAGGAAGAGAUGCCUCGGCUCAACACCACCAUCACCAACCUUGGCAGUGGAAAUUCCAGGGAUGGAGCUAUCCGGAAUCCUGUGCUGCUUCUGUAUAAAGAAGUUCUGGGAGAGCUUCGAGCUGCCAUGGAGCCACCUUUGCUGGACCGCUACUUGCACUGCCUGGCAGCUUCACUCGAAGGCGUCCGGAAGCAAGUCCACCACCGAACCAGAAAGAGCGUCCCUGAACCGGAAGAAUAUAAGCUUACCCGUCGUGCCAAUGGAUUCAUGGACAUCCUCGGGGGCAUCAUGACCGAGUUCUGUAUGGGAAUCCGCCUCAACCAAGCUCAAAUCCAGUCUCCAACCUUCCGGGAGCUCCUCAACUCUGUGUCUGAUUACGUCAUUCUCGUCAAUGACCUGCUGUCCUUCCGGAAGGAGUUUUACGGUGGCGAUUAUCACCACAACUGGAUCUCGGUUCUCUCGUACCAUGGCCCCACGGGGAUCCGCUUUCAGGAUGUGAUUGACCAGCUGUGUGAGAUGAUCCAAGCAGAAGAGCACUCUAUCCUGGCCUUGCAGAAGAAGAUUGCCGACGAAGAAGGUUGCGACUCGGAGCUGACGAAAUUCGCAAGUGAGCUUGCAAUGGUUGCUUCCGGGAGCCUCGUGUGGUCGUAUCUCUCUGGCCGCUACCAUGGCUAUGAUAAUCCACUGAUCACUGGGGAGAUUUUCAGUGGAACAUGGCUGCUGCAUCCCGUGGCCACCGUCGUCUUCCCAUCCAUCAAGGCUCGCCCCUGAGAUACAUUGCUGGGGCUCAAAGUUCCG